CUGCCUGGCCCUGUGCCUGUGACGGCUGCCUGUCCAUCAUGGUGCCAGCGUGUCUUUUGAUCAGUCGAAGAAACGUUUCUCUUUCACCAACCGCAGUGUCGAUUCAUGCGGCAUCAUGCCACAGCUACCUACUCAACUGCAGGUCCUUUGCAGAGCACAAGUGCACGUCCCGGAUUGCGGUAGCUGCCUGGACUAGCGCCAGCGCCCUACAAAUGCAACGUUUAUAUUGCAGAGUUUUUGUCCUCAUCAACAGCUUGUGAUUGGCAAGGCUAUCGGUUGUUCCAUGCUUCAGCGAGAGUCGUGGAACCCCCAAGCUGGGCAUUGAGCCCCAAUUGUGGUAUCGUGACCCUAAAUAACAGUUUCUGCAAGUGCUGUGACGCCAAGUUGUGCAAGGACCAUGUCAAAACGGAGCAGGACAAGCAAAGCUGAGGGACCGAAUGGAGGCCAGGAUAUCACCCAAAUGUGGGCGAAAGCAAAGCAGAAAAAGGAAAGCGCAGAGGCCACGGAGGAGGUGGUCAAGGCCGUCAGAGAGAUCGAGCGCGAUAAUAGCCAUGUGAUCAAACAGUUCCACGAGAAUACAUUUACGGCCUUCACGGAAGCUCAGAAGGGCGGGGAUGUUGAAGACAUUCAGGAGGACCAGCACAAGCUGGUGGACGCCAUAUCAUCCCUUGCGCAACAAGAGGGAGGAGGUCUACCAUCUAAGAAGCUCUUCACAAGUAUCCUGCUCAGUAUUACUGAGAACCGCUCUGCAAAGCUGUCGGUACGCGCAUAUGAGUUACUAAAGAAGCUUCAGCAGAAGUUCCCUGCCACAAUGGUGUUGCCAGGGGACAAGCUUGGCCAGAAACUCCCAUACCUACAAGUUGACAAGGAGGUUUGGACUCCGCUUGAUGCCCUUCCUGGAUCGACACCACUGCGGGGAACAGCUGCUGCAGCCAGUGCACUUCCACUGCCAAGGGCAGGCGCAAGGCCGCGGCUGAAUGCUGAUGGAACAGUAGGCCGACCAGGGGACUUGUUUGAGGUGCUGGAUCAUAUCGUGGAGGACCUCAAGGGUGACAGUGAAGCCCUUGCCUUUGAUGCUGCUCCAAGCCAGAGGAGCCGCAAGACAAAGAAACAGACUGAUGGCGCUGAGUUGGACGAGGCUGGCAAACACCAGGCCCGGCUUGAAGCUACUGAGGCACUUGCUGUACAGAAGCUGGGAAGCUGCUUGAUGUUCAAGUAUCUCGUGGCACUCCUCUAUGACGACCUUAGCUGCAGAUUGGCUGUGUACAGAGCACACGACUGUGGAACCGACCUCGCGAUCCUUGUCAACUCCAUGCUGUACCGCUUGUUGAUUGAGCGGAGGACCAAACCACAGCGCGACCAAGUUUGGAGCUGCGUAUUUGCCAUCAUCAAAGCAGGGGUGCUCGAGCGGGCAGAGGAAGUGCCUGCGCCAAGCACAGCUCCGACCAAGAGCGAGGGCACUGACGACAUGGAAAUCGAUGCAAAGACCGAAGAAGCCUCUGGGACUCCAACUGCGAAGAAGGGCAAGACGAAGAAGGGCAAGGGCCGGCGUUCGAGCACGGCCACGGUCAGCCAGCGAGGAGAGGAGGCUACCUUCAGCAAAGCGAGCCAGGUCGAGGUCGAGGUUGAGACGCCUUUCGAUGCUGCGCUCCAAAAGCGGCGGGACGAUACGGCAGCAGAGCACGGGCUGAGCUGCUCCCGGCAGGACUUGUGCACCACAGCCCAGACCUUGCUGGCGUCGAUGCUCGAGCUGACUGCUACGAUGGAGAAUCACGUCAAUCUGUGGAAGGCGAACGAUACGAGGAAGGACCUUCUGGAAAGGAUGAUCACGGAGUUCAACCCCAACAGAUGCUGGGACCCACGGUGGGACACGCAGAGACACUUCCUCGAGACAAUGCUGAGCCCGGAGCAGAAGCUGCGAUUCAUCAUAGAGUACUUCCUUGCCAUCUGUCCGAAGGGGUCCGAGGCUGUGAAAGUCUUGCAACAAAAAGGGCGCAAGGCGACCGCGUGCGAUCUGCUGACAGCAGUCCGAGAGAAUGUCAAGAAGAUGCUGAGCAGCCGCCACAGCACCCCCGACGAGCUUUCGCUCCUGGUGGCACAUGCAGCACAGGCUGAUCUCCUUUUGGGCACAGUCAACGGGGAUCGGCUGAAGCAGUUGAAGCAGGAGCUGGAUGAGACGAGUGAAACCGUCGGAGCACCAGAAAAGAGGGGACUGCCCCUGUCGGCAUCAUCUCAUGCGGCGCUGGUCGCAGCAAGCAUCACAAUCAGGUUGAAUCAAGAUAAGUAAGGCGUGGAGUGCGUGCAGUUUACCUUAUACCUGUCAGUGAAGCAAAAGUGUACUUGAACAGUAACCCAGGUUGACAGUGUUGACCAAUGGCGACUUCCAGCUUGUCCAUUUGAAUGCUGGGAGUCCGCUCUAUCGAAUUCGUCUUUUUAAAACGUUCGAGUAAACUUUACAACCAGGCAGAGUCUUUGCCGGUUUGUCGAUCUGCUCCAGCAUUGUAUUCAACAGCCACCUUCGGGACUUCAUCUGCGACCAAAGUCCGGUUGCUAAACCAUUUUCAACAUGAUCAUCCUCUUU